AUGCCAGAAAGUACUUCAAGAAAACCAAUUCCAGUUACUUUAUUAUCUGGAUUUUUAGGCUCCGGUAAAACCACAUUAUUGGAAAGAAUACUUACUCACGAUCAUGGUUUGAAAAUAGCUGUAAUAAUCAACGAUGUCUCUCAAAUUAACAUUGAUGCUGCCUUAAUUCAAAAUCAUAGAGUCACUCAAAAGGAAGAAAAACUUAUUCAACUUCAAAAUGGUUGUAUAUGUUGUACUCUUAGGGGUGAUUUGCUUGAAGAAUUGGCAACAUUAGCCCUUUCUGGCGAAUUCCAGUAUAUCGUAAUCGAAUCAACGGGCAUUUCUGAACCAAUGCAAGUUGCUGAAACCUUCACAACUGAAUUUUCUGAAAUGAUUUUGCAAAACCUGGAAUCAUUAAAUGAAGAAGAACAAAUGUCUUUAGAAAAAAUUGUAAAUAUUGGUGGGUUAAACAAAAUUGUUCAAUUAGAUACUUGUGUUACAGUAAUUGAUGCUGUUAAUUUUUUAGCAAAUUUUGAAACAACAGAUUUUUUGGCUGAUAGAUUUGGUGAUAAUGGUCAAGGUGAAACAGAAAGAACUAUUACUGAUUUGAUGGUUGAUCAAAUCGAGUUUUCUGAUAUUAUUAUCAUGAAUAAAGUCAAAGGCAUUAAGAAAAGAAAGCAACGUAAGAUAGAAAAACUAAUAAAAUCAUUAAAUCCAGUCGCUAAGAUCAUUCCUACUAAUUAUUGUGAUGUACCAAUAAAGGACGUUGUGAAUACUAAGUUAUUCGAUUUUGAAAAACUGUCAGCUUCUGCAGGAUGGUUACAAAGUAUCAAUGAAAUGACUAUAAGAGAAAGCUCGACAGGAAAAUCCACCUUAACUCCAAAACCAGAAACAGAAGAGUAUAGAAUUAAUAAUUUUGUCUACAGGAAUAGGAAACCUUUCCACCCUGAAAGACUUUACAAAUUAAUUAGAGAUAAGUAUAUAGUGAUUGAACAAUCAGGUUUCGAAGACGAAGAAAAAGAAGACGAAGAAAACGAGGAAGAAGAUGAUGACGAAGAUGAUGACGAACAAGACGAUGAAGAUGGAGAAGAAGAAGAAGAAGAGGAAGAUGAUGACUUUGUUCAACCAAGUAACAAACAGAUUAUACGCAACAAGAAGAAAUCUGUUUUCGGACCUAUGCUAAGAUCAAAAGGAUUCUUCUGGUUGGCCUCUCGUUAUAUUAAUAGAGGAGAAUGGUCAAGUGCUGGUGCCAUGAUGACUCUCAAAGGUGGGCUUCCAUGGUUCUCAGUAACUGGACCGGAAUUUUACCCACCUGGAGUCAAAGAGCUCAUUGAAAAAGAUAUGCAAGGAAAAUAUGGAGAUAGAAGAAAUGAAUUAGUUUUCAUUGGGGUUGAGAUUGAUCGUAUUGGAUUAAGUAAAGCACUUGAUGAAUGUUUACUUACCGAUGAAGAAUAUGAUAUUUUUGAAAGCAUCAUAGAAGAAGAAAAGAAUUUAUUCAAAAUUGAGAAGAAGUUACAGGCUACUUUCAAUGAUGGAUUUGCAGACUGGAUCGUCUAUGACGAUGAUCCUGAAAAGCCAACAUGAUUAAGUGAGUUUCAAACCCACCCAUUUGUUUCAAUAUUUCUAAUGUCCUUAUACCCAAAGCAAUCCCAGUUGCUCCAGUUAUCGCCACCACUAUCCUUCUCGGACGGGCUGGUUGAGCUUGGUUGGCUCUGUACAUACUGUUAUCGACGUUUUCAUAAUCUAUCUGAUGAUGGUCUGCGCUGAGAUAUGAUGAUGUAGAAAAUCUUAAAUUGACAUUAGAUCUGGCGAGACUCGGUAAUCGUAUUAUACGUCUGAAUGGGAUUCUGAAACUGCUGAGCAUUUGGAAUUAAUGACUUAUAGAAGAAGAAUACUAUACAACAGCAGUAAUUUAGCUCGACGAAACCUAU